CCAAGUGAAAAUUAUCCAUUUCUAUUUUUAGUAUUACUGACGUUCGAAUAUUUUGAUUGUGGAAGAGUGAACAAGGUUCCAGUCGCCUUAAAUCAGAGGGAAAUUCGUUACGCCGAGGGUCCGAAUUGUCACGGGAACAACCCGAACAACCAUAAGAAACCAUCGGAGAAGAAUAAUAAUGUCGCUCAGAAGGCUGCGCAAGAGGCGAAGGCCGCCUCGGAAGCUCAGAAUAUCGCCGGGCAGCAAGCCUCCCGUCAAGUGAAAUCGCAACUCGCCGAAAAAGCGGUACAAGCAGCGAAGGCCGCGCAGGAAGCUCUGACGAGCAAGAAAGUGGUAGUGGAACAGUUGCAAGAGGAAGUGAGGGAGGCUCAAUCGGUGGUCCAGGAGGAAUCGUCGUCGUUGGAACAGGAGCAGACGAACGUAAACGCCGCGGUGCAAGCGGCGAGGCAGUCGCAAGAUCAGUUGAAGACGCUGUCGCACGCGAUCCAAACGGCCAAAGCGAACGCGGCUAAUGCACAGGCGGCCGCGAACGGGGCGCAGAAAACGCUACAGGAAAAGGAAGAGCUACUGGACGCUGCGAAGAGACGGGUCGAGGAACUGUCGAACCAGCUGAGGGCCGCCAGGCAGGAGCUCGCUAAUACGAAUCGAGAGGCUGCCAAAGCGAGCGCAGCUGCCACCGAGGCGAAAGCGAAUGCUAGCAGGAACAAGAGGAGGCUGGAAAAUAUCCGCCGGAUGAGGAACAUGAAAAGGUGACUCGGAUUUUCGAUAUCGUUCGACAAUUAUCAGAUUGCGGAUUUUACGAAUGCGCAGAAAUGUAUGGAACAUCGAAAGCUACAUGCAACGUUUAAACGAUGGA